AUGGGGACUUCUCAACACAUGUUCCUCACAAUCUACCGCAUCUCUAUACUCACCCAGGACCUGGCCUCUCACAUCUCCAAAAAGGUACGGAAGGCAAAGAGUGAACUCAUAUUGAUCGAACGAAGCCUAGACUCGUUUCAAGGAAACUCGAACGUCGACAAAAGCAAGGACUCUGGUGUUAUCCAUGAUGCCAUAACAUCGGAAAUGUACCGAUUGGCAUGCCUGAUCCAUGUAAAGAGACUACUUGCCCCAGAUAUGCCUGAUGAAGACGCCACUAUUCAACUCCUAGUGGCGAAUUUUAUAGAACAAUUGCAACAACUCCCUUCGGAUUCGCCGGCUCACAACAUUCUGAGCUGGCCACUAGUGGUAGCAGGAUACUCUUCAACUAUCAAAGCUCACCAAAAAAUUAUCUCCUGGAGACUGUGUCAAAUUCACCAGGAGUGGCAGUCAGAUAUUUUCUCCCUGAGUGCGACCUUCCUGCAGGCGACAUGGAGAAAAGAGAGGGGUAUGAAGUGUGCUCGCUCUGAGUUGACGACCGUCGAGCGUUCGACCAAAAAUUAUGCCUCUAUCUGGCGAAAUCUACCUGUUAUUUUAGCUUAA